CCACCACGAGCCUGUGCCUGCACAUUGGCUUGACAACUACACGGAGAUGGCUAACCGCGAGCGUGAAGACAGUGACGACAACAAUCCGCGGGCGAAGCGUCCCAGGAUUGAGAGCGAAGCAAACGGCAAGAUGCGAUCCCAGAACGGUUUCGGCGGCGAUGCGACGAACGAUCCCAGCCAGAACCCAUAUCUGCAACACCACUAUCCGGAGACUACAAGUGGAGGCCGUCUCAACAAUGCUUUGCGCCACAAGACAACUACCAAAGCCACGGAAGCGCUUGAGGAUGGUCCGAACAACCCAUUCACCGGGCGGAAGUUCUCGGAGAGAUAUAUGGACAUCCUCCGAACCCGGCGAGAUCUUCCCGUGCAUGCUCAGAGGACCCAGUUUCUAGAGAAGUACCAGCAAAACCAAAUCCUCGUCUUCGUGGGAGAAACCGGUUCCGGCAAGACUACCCAAAUUCCCCAGUUCGUCCUCUACGACGACCUGCCCCACCUCAACAAUAUGAUGGUCGCGUGUACUCAGCCUCGACGAGUGGCUGCCAUGUCGGUAGCUCAGCGUGUAGCGCAGGAGAUGGAUGUGACACUGGGUGACGAGGUCGGAUACAGCAUCCGAUUCGAGGACAAAACGUCUGCCAAGACCGUGCUGAAAUACAUGACGGACGGGAUGUUGCUUCGAGAGGCCAUGAGCGACAAUAAUCUGUCGCGCUACAGCACCAUCAUCCUGGACGAGGCUCACGAGAGAACGCUUGCGACUGAUAUUUUGAUGGGCUUGCUGAAAGAGGUGGUUUUGCGACGACCGAACGAUCUAAAGCUGAUCAUCAUGUCGGCAACUCUCGAUGCUACCAAGUUCCAGCGUUAUUUCCACAACGCCCCACUCCUGGCUGUCCCUGGCCGUACCCAUCCGGUCGAAAUCUUCUAUACCCCCGAGCCUGAGCGAGAUUACGUGGAAGCUGCCCUCCGAACCGUCCUACAGAUUCACGCUACGGAGCCGGAAGGAGACAUUCUGCUAUUCAUGACCGGCGAAGAGGAGAUUGAGGACGCCUGCAAGAAGAUCGAUCUCGAAGCAAGAGAAAUGGAGAAAGAAUCUGGAGCAGGUCCCAUGAAAGUCUAUCCUCUCUAUGGCUCAUUGCCGCCUCACCAGCAACAGAAGAUCUUCGAACCUGCCCCCGGCCCAAAUCCCAACAGCAAGAGACCUGGUCGAAAAGUCAUCGUGUCGACCAACAUCGCCGAAACAUCGCUUACCAUCGAUGGUAUUGUCUACGUCGUAGAUCCCGGUUUCAGCAAGCAAAAGGUCUACAAUCCUAGGAUUCGGGUUGAGUCUCUACUAGUAUCACCUAUCUCGAAGGCCUCGGCUCAGCAGCGAGCUGGUCGUGCAGGUCGUACGAGACCCGGAAAAUGCUUUCGACUGUACACUGAGCAUGCUUUCAAGAAUGAGCUCAUCGAGCAGACUUACCCAGAAAUUCUUCGGUCCAACUUAUCUAGCACCGUUCUGGAACUGAAGAAGUUGGGCAUUGAUGACUUAGUGCACUUUGAUCUCAUGGAUCCUCCCGCUCCUGAGACUCUGAUGCGUGCGCUAGAAGAGCUCAACUAUCUAGCCUGCCUAGACGACGAAGGCGAUCUGACGCACCUCGGGAGGCUAGCUUCUGACUUCCCGCUCGAUCCCGCACUAGCAGUGAUGCUUAUCGUCUCCCCUGACUUCUACUGUUCGAACGAGAUGCUCUCGUUGACUGCCCUGCUAUCCGUUCCUCAGCUGUUUACCCGGCCCGCAGCUCAACGCAAGCGAGCGGAUGAGAUGAAGAACUUGUUCGCUCACGCGGAUGGUGAUCAUCUCACUAUGCUCAACGUCUACCAUGCUUACAGGAGCGACGAGGCGCAGAACGAACCUAAACAGUGGUGCUACGAUCACUUCCUCAACUAUCGAGCACUCACACAGGCAGACAACGUCCGGACGCAGUUGAAGCGCAUAAUGGAGAAGAACGAGAUCGAGCUGAUGUCUACGCCAUUCGAGGACAAGCGUUAUUAUGAGAACAUUCGGCGUGCCUUGGUCGCCGGCUUCUUCAUGCAAGUCGCGAAGCGCGACGGAAAUGGCAAAACCUACAAGACUGUCAAGGAUGAUCAGAGCGUGUUGCUGCAUCCGAGCACGGUCCUUGCGCAAGAUAGCGAAUGGGUCAUCUACCAAGAGUUUGUUCUCACAACCAAGAAUUUCAUUCGCACGGUCACCGCCAUCAAACCCGAAUGGCUCUUGGAACUCGCACCGACCUACUUCGACAUCGAUACCUUCAAGAAGGGUGACAUUAAGACUUCUCUGCAGCGGGCCGCGAACAAGUUGAGGUCGAAGGAUAACGCCGCCAAAGGACGGAAGUAGUGAGGCAAACGGGACAACGGAGUUAUACAAAUGCAUGCUGCGCCCCAGCCGGGUUUGUUAAUGAGGGUUUAGACGAUUGAAUUGGGCCAUGAGACGAAGCUCUUGUGAUAUCCAGCUACAUUCAUGCUCCUAGAUUUCAUCGGGCCUCGACUUCUGUAGAGUUUGAUUCUGAUCAAAUUCUGAUAGGUUCAUUAGGUUUGCGAUAGGUGGAAUAUUGCCUCUGCGGCUUCGAAGGUUGUAGAUAGGUAAUGCCAAUCGAUUGCAUCCAUUUGGUUGGUGUAGACCC